ACUGAUCUCUCAUUUGCACUACAGCAGUACAUCGAUCGUAUAAACCUCCGACUUCGUGAUCCAAGACCACGCAUAAUGGCUGCAUUUUCAAAAAAGGCGAUCAUUUUUGGUUUUCUCAUGUUCCUCAUGUUUACUUUGAAUGCCCAAGAAACGGCUGCAGGCAAUGGACCUAUUUCCAGCUACUUGAUCGAGAUGUACAAGAAUUGGACGAACAAGAGUGGACCAGCAAAUCCGAAAAUUCCAUUUAACGCUACCGUUGUUCAAGCUAUGUACUUCGCCCCAAUCAGAGGCAAAAGCAGCAAUCCUCUGAAGCUGACAGUGGACAUUGGAAAGAAAAAAGGAGCCAAAUUGACACGAGACGAGCUCCAUAUUUACAUCAUCAAACCAGCAAACUCUCCUAACGCCCAGACCUUCACCAUCAAGAUCACAGAUAGUCAGAGCAAGAAAAUGAUGGCUUCUCGAAAGAUCACACUUCAAACCUCUGGCUGGAUCACAAUAUCUCUGAAUCUCAGCGUGCAAGCCUGGUUUGACAGUGGCAAAGGCGUAAAAAGCCUCACCGUCGAGCUUGUGUUCGAAAAUGCAAUCGCAAAUGGGCACAAAGAACCCAGGAUUGCAACAGGCUCGGCCAAGCGACCUUAUUUGAUCAUCUAUAUGGAUUAA